CAGAAAAAUCGCUUUGAAAUUUAUAAAAACCCAAGUGCAGUGCAGCAAUGGCCAUUUCUGUGAAAGAAACAGCAGCAACAACUACAGCAAAAAACAUUACCAAAUCGAAAAGUGAAACUGAAGUGAUAUUUUAAUAAAAAACAAAAACAGCAAGAAAAAAUAUUCCAAAAAUCAAUAUGAGCCAAAGAACUUUCGCACGUUUAUCAGUGUUAUUUUUGCUAAUGCACUUGCAAUUCUUGCACGCGGCACCGCCACACUCGAGCAACGACAUCGAUUACAAUGACAGCAGCAGCGCAAGCGGCAACGGCGGUGCCGGCAAUGCGUUGGGCAAUCUCUUCAGAGGCAACAACAAUUCGCAAAUGGAUUACAACAUGAUGUUUACACAUGUGAAGGAUUUCUUCAUGUAUCUGCCGGUGAUGAUGACGACGCUUAAGGAGUCCAUGUCUGGUUUUCCGAAGUUCGCCGAAGGCAUACGCAUAUUGACUUCGAAAAAUGGUCGCUUAGAAGGUGCAGACUGUAAUUGUGAGAAAAAUAGCAAUGAAAUUGAUAGCCGACAAUUUGGUUGACAGGUCCAGUUGCUAAUAGUGAUGAAAGCACAUGAAGAGGAGUGUGGUUGGACGAAAGCUCUGAUGGCGAAGCAAUGAAAGCGCAUUGACCUAAAAGCUCGCUAACGCUUUUGUAAUGAGUAGUUUGUCUUUUUAUACAAUUUAAUCAUACAUAUUCUCAUUAUUUACUUUUUUUGGCGUAUUUCUUCUGUAAGCAAUUGUAAUUAAUAUAAUUAAACGUGUAAAUAGUAAAAUCGUAAAAUAUUUUCAUGACAG